AUGUAAAAUAAUCAAUUUUCAAAUGUGUUUUGGAGAAAAGUGAGGGAAGAUAUGAGAAUGGAAAUACUCUUAGAAAAAAAGCCAUUGAAGCAAUUUAAGUUAUAUGAAUUGACUGAAGAUGAAAUGAAUAUCAAUUUAGAUUAAGUUACACAAUGGUAAUUAAUGAGUGAAUAUGUAGGUCUCCAGAUAAUGAAAAGAUAUAUAAAAACAUCUCUGAAAAUGGAUUUGCUGAUUUUAUUUGCAAUAAAGAAUAUAUGAUAGAAACAUAUACCAAUAUAGUAUUUGAUUCUGAAGAUAUAACAUUAAUGGAUAAUCAAUUAUUACAAUUUAAAAAUUUGUAAUUAUUAAGAUUAAAUCAUAACAAAAUUGAAAUUGUCUAACAUUUACCUUAAUAAUUAAUUGAAUUACAUCUAUUUAAUAAUCCCAUAACAGCAUUGAAUUUAUUAAAACAUAAUCUUUAGUAUUUAGGUUUAGGAUAUUGUUUAUUGAAUGAUGAUGCUAUAUAAACUAUUUCCAAAUUCUUACCUUAAUUAAUAGGUUUAGAUUUAGCUCAUAAUUAACUUUGUGAUUUAGAAUAUUCAGUAGAAGCAUGUAAAAAGAUUUCAAAUUUAAAAAUGCUAUCUCUUUAUGGUAAUCCAUUAGUUUUAAUGCCUUAAUACUUUAUAUAUAUAGUUGAUAACCUAUUGAAUUUAAGAAACUUUGAUGAAUAGAGUUUUUUAGAAAUUAAAAAUAGGUUGGAAUAAGCAGAAAAAGAAAAAUAAGCCAAAAAAUAAGAAGCCUUAAGGAAAUAAUAGGAAGAGUUUGAAAUUUAAUAAAAAUUAUUAGCUGAUAAAAAUAAAAAAGGUGGAAAACCAGGUAAAUAACCUGAUCCUGUUGUAGUACAAUAACCUUAAGUAAUAAUUCCAAUAGAAGAACCUAAAAUCAAUUUAAAUGAAUUAAGAUAAUUUAAAAUUUCUUUAAAAAUAUAAACUUUAGAAAAUCUAGAAGGAAUACUAUUAGAUAAAUAUACUUACCCUUUAAUGGAAUAAAAUAGUAAAUUAUUUUAAAGUAAAUAUGUUAUUACAACUAAUUUAUUUGGAGUUGAAUUAAAAACUAAAGAAAUAUUAUAUGAAACAGCUACAAUUGAAAAUGAAAUAGGAAGAAUAGAUUUUGAAUUUUCUUUUGAUUAACUCUAUAAUCCUGAAGUUGAAAUAAGGGAUGCAGUUGAGUAGGGUUUUUUAGUUUAGGUAUAAGUUGAAGAACCAAAAAUGUAUAUUGUAUAAAUUAAGUUAUUAAUUAUUUUAGGCAGAUGAUGGAGAGAAAAAGCCUGUUUUAGGUUAAGAUGAAUUACCUGAAUAAUAGAUAAGAAUCUUGGGAGUAUGUAAAAUCACUUGUGAUUGGUUGAGAGGUUACAAUAAAUAAUUAAAUAAAAAAUAUCGAUUAUUUAAAGAAGAAACGAAAACUUCAGCUGAACAUUGGUUUCCCUUAUAAAAUGAAUAGGAACUUGUAUAGUCAAAAAUGGAAAUGAUUUAAAAAGAAAAAGAUGCAGAAUUAGAGGAGAAGAAAGCUUAAUAAGCUUUGAUUGAUUAAAAGAAAGAAUAAAGUAAGGGAAAAGGAAAAGAUGUUAAAAAAAAGGAUGAUAAAAAAAAUGUUAAGAAAGGAAAAGAUGAACCAGUUUAAAAAGUAGUAGGAUAAUUAGAUUGGGAAGUAGAUGGCAGAUAAUAUAUAUUUGUUAAUGAAAAGAAAAUUCAUAGAGCAACAGAAAUGUUAUUAGCUAUUGGUUUGGAUUUAGGAUAUUGA